UUCUUUCUUGUCCUGGCCGCCACCCCUUGCCUCUUCGAGAUCGAAUCGAGGCGAGGGCGAAAGCGAGAACAAGUGAGGGAGGAAAACAGUAGCGAGCGAGAAAGAGGAGAGGGAGGAGAGAGAGAGAGAGAGAGAGAGAGAGAGAGAGAGAGAGAGAGAGCAUGAGUUUUAGAGGGGAAGAGAGCGGUGGGGAGGAUGGGAGGGGGGACCUCAAGAAGCCCUUCCUCCACACAGGUAGCUGGUACCGGAUGGGGAUGGGAUCGAGGCAGUCGAGCUUGAUGGAUAGGCUCGGCUCCUCGGCCUCCGUCCUCCGCGAUUCCUCCGUCUCCGUCGUGCUUUGCACCCUCAUCGUCGCCCUCGGUCCCAUCCAGUUCGGCUUCACCGGGGGAUACUCCUCCCCUACCCAGGACGAGAUCAUCAACGACCUGGGCCUCUCCCUCUCCGAGUUUUCGAUCUUUGGCUCGCUUUCGAACGUGGGCGCCAUGGUGGGAGCAAUAGCCAGCGGACAGAUUGCGGAGUAUAUUGGGCGUAAAGGGUCCCUGAUGAUUGCUUCUAUUCCUAAUAUAAUUGGCUGGCUCGCCAUAUCGUUCGCCAAAGAUUCGUCGUUUUUGUACAUGGGUCGGUUGCUGGAAGGAUUCGGAGUCGGCAUCAUAUCCUAUACGGUGCCUGUAUAUAUAGCAGAGAUAGCUCCUCAGAAUAUGAGAGGUGGUCUUGGCUCUGUGAAUCAGCUCUCUGUAACAAUUGGUAUUUUGUUUGCUUAUCUGUUGGGUAUGUUUGUUCAUUGGAGGUUGCUUGCAGUGAUAGGAAUCUUACCAUGCACAAUCCUGAUACCUGGUCUGUUCUUUAUCCCGGAAUCUCCAAGGUGGCUGGCAAAAAUGGGCAUGACGGAAGAUUUUGAAGCUUCCCUUCAAGUAUUGAGGGGAUUUGAUACUGACAUUACUGUGGAAGUGAAUGAAAUCAAGAGAUCAGUAGCAUCAUCAAGCAGAAGGACUACGAUCCGGUUUUCAGAUCUUAAACAAAAAAGAUAUAAACUUCCUCUCUUGAUAGGAAUUGGUCUACUUGUAUUGCAGCAGCUAAGUGGAAUCAAUGGCAUCUUAUUUUAUGCUGGCAGUAUUUUUAAAGCUUCUGGUCUUUCAGAUAGUAACUUAGCAACAUGUGGUCUUGGGGCUAUUCAGGUUGUUGCCACUGGAAUUACCACUUGGUUGCUUGAUAAAGCUGGUCGACGUCUUUUACUUAUAAUUUCCACUGCUGGAAUGACUAUCAGUAUUGGGAUCGUUUCUGUUGCAUUUUAUCUGAAGGGUGUUAUUUCUGAAGAUUCUGAUUUUUAUUUUACGCUGAGUGUGCUCUCGUUGGUUGGACUUGUGGCUUAUGUCAUUUCUUUCUCUCUUGGAUUGGGAGCCAUUCCAUGGAUCAUAAUGUCUGAGAUACUUCCUGUUAAUAUCAAGGGCCUUGCUGGUAGUGUUGCAACACUUGGCAACUGGUUGAGUUCAUGGGCAAUUACAAUGACUGCUAAUUUGCUUUUAAGUUGGAGCAGUGGAGGGACCUUUACCAUCUAUGCGGUCGUUUGUGCCUUCAGUCUAGUUUUUGUGAUCCUAUGGGUGCCUGAGACCAAGGGAAGAAGUCUCGAGGAAAUUCAAUGGUCUUUCAGAUGAAUUCUCUAAAUGUCAACAUACUAUCCAUUCGAUCGUGUGAUUUCUUGAGAUGAAUCCAGGUCAUGCUCGUCUGUGGGGGGAGAGAUCAGUAUGCACAGAUAUCAUAUUCAAGCUCCACCACUUGCCUGUUGAGUCAGAUGGCAGGGCCAAGUUUGCUUUCCAAUUUGCGUCAUAGACCUUCUUGUCAUUUUAUGUAGAUCUUCCGGAAUUGGUUUAGAGUGAACUCUGCUUGCAGCGGGAAUUGCCAAAAGCACUGAAAUUAAUAUUUAUUUAUAUUUUAUUCAAUUUCCAUAUGAUGAGAUGAAUAAAAUGUAAUGCAACUUCGCAAUCUCGAAAUGGAAUAUGAAAUAUGUGAAUUUGAUCA